GAGAUUACCCCAAGCGUAGACUUCAUCAGAAAUGCAACUACUCUAAGACAUUCAACAGCAAUCGUGAAGUCAAUGCGCAUUCUCUCAUUGCGCGUAAAUGCAAUCAUCAAAGCCGGUGAUCCAAGGUUUUAUAAACACGCAGUAGUAAUAAGAGAGAAGAUGGAGAAAGAUAACACCGCAGCUGAACUCCUGGGCAGCAUAGAUCCUUUAGUGCUUGAAGGGAGGGAGAUCCUGGUCAACAGUCAAUCCUCCACGCAUGUUGAUAGGUAUGAUCCUAUCCUGGCAUGGGUUAUCAUCGUGGCCCUUGGGAAUUUCAAGGGAGGACACAUUUACUUCCCAUCUUUAGGACUCAAAGUCAGAUUAUUACCAGGUGAUGCUGUGAUGAUGCGUGGUAGAAUUUUACCUCAUAAGGUGGAGGACUGGGAAGGCACUCAGAGGAUCUCUAUUCCUCACUUCACUCAUUUAUCCAUUUGGAAAAAGUAUGGGAUGGCCAAUGAUGUCUCUGCUUAG